UUUCACUAUCUCCUCAGGAACAAACAGAACCAGAGGUUUUGCACAGUGGCAGGAGAGAGGAGACUCGGAGAGAAAUGCAAAACUCAACCCUUUCGUAUUCGCUGCAUCUUCCAUUUCGAAACCCUAGACCUCCCAAACUCGAUUCUUCUCCACUUCUUGGUUCGUGUUCUUCGUAUUCGGAACGGGUUUUCUCCUUUCGUCCGUUUCGAUUCGGUUUCCCCGGUUGGGGCUUCUCGAGAUGUUUGGGGCAAUGGCGUGGAGACCAAAUUCGGCUAGGGUUUCUACGAUUCCGACGAAAUGCCGUUGAUCUGCAACGUGCUCUUUACCUCGAGGGAGCUGAAUUCGAAAAUGAUCUGAGGAACCGCCCAUCUAUGAUUAUACCUUCGAUAACUCAUGACUUAAGAAGGGAUGCUCAGAGAGUUCUGAAGUUUAUGCCCUUAUUUGGGUUGCUUGCUUUUCAAGGCACUGGACCAGCGUUUGCGGUUUCAGAAACUUCUGGUGGACUGCAGUCAGUUAUCUCAUCUCUGGGAGACCUUGGAGAUAUUAGCACAGGUUUUGCUUCGGCAUUUUUGCUGAUAUUUUUCUCUGAAUUGGGAGAUAAGACAUUCUUUAUCGCGGCACUUUUAGCUGCGAGGAACUCUGCUGCCACUGUCUUUGCUGGAACUUUUGGUGCUCUUGCGGCAAUGACAAUUAUAUCUGUCGCGCUUGGACGCACUUUUCACUAUGUUGAUGAAAUUCUCCCGUUCAAGCUUGGUGAGACUGAUUUGCCUCUAGAUGAUAUUGCAGCCGUUUGUCUUCUGGUGUACUUUGGUGCUUCAACUUUGCUCGAUGCCAGUUCGGAUGAUGGACUGAAAGCAGAUGAAGAACAGAAAGAAGCAGAACUAGCGGUUUCAGAGCUUUCAGGGAAUGGGGCUGGGAUAUUAGCAGCUGCAAACACUUUCAUCAGCACAUUUGUUCUGGUUUUCGUCGCGGAAUGGGGUGACAAAUCGUUCUUCUCUACAAUAGCUCUUGCGGCCGCUUCAUCGCCUCUAGGCGUCAUUGCAGGAGCAUUAGCCGGUCAUGGCGUCGCGACUUUGCUUGCGGUUUUGGGAGGGUCAUUGCUGGGAAAUUUCUUGUCAGAGAAGGCAAUAGCUUAUGUCGGGGGAGUUCUGUUUCUCGUGUUUGCUGCUGUGACUUUGGCUGAGAUCAUCUCCUAGAUCCUCUCUUUUCGUUAUUUUUCACUUCUCCCCACCCCCUUUUUAAAAUGUUUAUUCUCUUUAUUAUAUGUAUUUUUACCACAUGUAUUCUGUUUGUAUUUUUUUUUAAAUAAAUUCAAAUAUUGUACACGUUGAUUUUUCUUCGUUAACGUACAAAUGUUUAGCCAGUUGGUUAAGUUGUGUUA